AUGCCCGAAACUCGUCGCCAACGACCAGCUCCCCCGCCACGGCGGCCAACGCAGCCAAUAAAGGUGAAAAACCAGUCAAACUACUAUCACCAGGCGCAAAACUUGUUUCGAUUGAGCGGAAGCGUAAUUCCAAAAGUCUUUUUCCCGGCCAUCUUGAUAACGGCUUGGGGUGCCAUAUGGACGGUGUUCUUUAUGGUCGACGAAGUAAACUUUUUGAAAGGAUUUUUGCCCAAGUCAACUCUUCUCAUUACCAUCGUGAGUUUGGUGAUGGGUCUAUUGCUGGUUUUUCGAAACAACACUGCAUACGAGCGAUACUGGGAGGGUCGUCGUCUCUGGGGCACAUUGGAAACCCAGGUUCGCAACAUGUCCCGCUUUAUCUGGAUUGGAGUAUCGGCCAAAAAUGCGCAGGAUGCUCUCGAGAAGCGUGGGGCAAUGAAUCUACUUGUGGCAUAUAUGCACGCUACGAAACAUUAUCUACGUAAUGAGUUGGGCCUACACUAUGACGACAUCUAUCCUUUUAUCAGUCACCUACCUGAGUUUGCCAUGGAUAACCAAAAUCAACCCGAUAUUAAAAACCUGCCGCUAGAGAUUUCCUUCCAGCUUGGGGGGUACAUCAUGAAAGCAAAGGAGCAUGGUCAAAUCGACGUGUCGCAGCUAGGCUGUAUGACCAACUCGUUGAAUGCCAUGAUAGAGUGUUUCACUGGCUUCGAGCGGAUUCGCAACACGCCCUUGCCCUUCGCCUACUCGAUCCAUUUGAAACAGACGCUAAUUGUUUAUCUCCUCUCGCUGCCAUUCCAACUAGUUGUUGACAACAAAUGGGGCACCAUCCCUGUUACGUUGUUGGCUGCCUUCACCUUACUCGGCCUGGAAGCUAUUGGAGGUGAAAUUGAAAACCCAUUUGGACUUGACGAGAAUGAUCUACCAAUCGAUGAUAUCUGUGAAAUGAUUCAUCAAGAAGUCCUGAGCAUUAUGGACCGACCCGAUAAGCUGGAUUCCAGUAAAUGGGGUUUGCCUUGGGAGGACCUCAACUCAACCCACGCGAAUUUGGAUGAGUCCGCAAUCUCCGCUGCACAGGCGCAAGUUAAGGCGCGGAUGCCAUUCACGAAACGGUUUAUCUCGUGA